ACGAGCGCGACGAGUAGGGUUUCUGUCUCGGCUACGCCUUCUCUCGUCUCUCGCCGCCUAGCGCGUGCCGCCGUCGGCCCCAUCACCUUCGAGCAUCAGCCAUGGCAGAACAGGAAACCCCUGACACUGUGGUGGAACCAUCUUUUUGUGGUUCUUACACUGAAUCUGAGCCGACGUGCAUGAUGCAUCAUCAGAGGCCGAAGAAGAUGGUGGCUUUUGAAGGUUCUUUGACUGGCAGGCGUUUCCUGGGUUGUCCUAUGCAGCAGGAUGAAGGUGUGAACUGUGGGGUUGUGGAGUGGAUGGAUGGUCCUUGGCCAGAGAUUCUACAAAGGUGCCUAACCAGGAUUUGGGACAUGUAUCAUGAGCAGAACUUGGGCAGGGUGAAUGACAAACAAGCCCAUGAGAAAGAGGUGGCCAAGCUACAGAAGGAAAUUGAUUUCCUGUCAAACAACUACAGCCAGUUGGUGGAAGAUGUAUCCAACCUAUUUGACUACCAAGAUGGCAAGAUGUCUCAUGACAUGGACUAUACCAGUCAGGCAAUCAAUGAACUAGCUGAGAAGAAGAAACAACUUGAGGAUCAGGCAAAGAUUGAGUUAAGUAUGGAAAAGCUGAAGCUUGCCAAGGAGCAAAGGUGCAUUCUUCAAAGCCAAGCAGAGAUCAUUCAGAACAUGAGGAAGGCCAUGAAGGAAGUGAAGGGGGACAGGGACCUACUUAAGCAAGAGAAGAAGUUAGAGUAUCUUAUUGCUGAUCUGCUCAAUGCUGGGCAUGACAGCAAAGCUAAGCUGGAGAGGAUCAAGGCAAUUAUGAAUGAGUGAAGUGGUUGGUUUGUGGGUUAAGUAAUUAGUAGGCCUAUAUAUAUAGCUGGCCUUGGAAUGUCAUGCAUGUUAGGUGUAUAUUUUGGGAAAGUUUCAUGUGCUUUCAGAAUGGUAUGAGGGAGGGAGGUAUUGCUAUGGUUUAAGAACUACUUGGUUUUAUCUAUGAUGUAAUGACUAUUAGGUUAAGACCUAUUAUGCUAAGUACUCAUGCUAAGUUAAGUAAGUAAGAAUGUUUUAUCUAUGAUGAGGUUGUUUUA